UCCAUCGUUCUUCCUAUUCAUUUCGCUGUUUCUUGAAGCGAUGCAGUUGGCCGCACCUGCUGACCUUAGCUCUAGCUUGCUUAUCAAUGGAAUUGCGACUGCGGUCUCGAGCAACUACUAGUAGGCCGCAGAGAUUUCGCUUGGGCUGCAUGCCUCUUCUCAAAGCAGAGCACGCGCUCUGUGGAUUUCGGAGUAAUUCAUCUGCAGGAAGUUGCUUCGGUAAUGUCACUCAGCCGCCUUCCUGACGAACAGAAAGAGAAGAGACCGUGUGAUUGCGCUGGCAGUUCUUGUCUCUGGGGACGCUGGCCAGUAAUAUUUGCUUGAGGGCAUCAGGCUACCAACGGAUAUCGUUGCCGCUUCGAUGCAGCUAGAGAGACAGCGCUAAAAGAAUUCUUCUCUCGGACGGUUAGGCAGUCUGGUUCAUUUCAACAGAACAAACUGCACUGACUGAGCCACUGCAGUGACGGUGCGCUGGACGAAACGGAUAAUCAUGCCGGAAUGUCGUCUGUCCGUGCUUGGCCUAUGCUCGUCGGGUAUGGAGCAGGGCACAGCCGGCGUUGGAAAGUCGAGCUUGUGUUCGAGGUUUGUCAGUCCCGGCGUGGACGAUUGGAGUGUGCUUGGCAAUGAUCACUCUCACUGGAUCGACCAGGCCGACUUCCAGGAGGCGGAGAUUGGCGGCGAUCACUUCCUCUACUUUGGCUGUGGACGUCGUGACUUCUAUCUGAUGCACCACGGUGGUGGUGGAGGUGGUGGUAGCCAAGUGAAGUCCGAUGGAAAUGGCCUGUCGAUUCACGUCGUCGAGCACACGACCUUUGUGGAUUCAUUCACGGGAAAGCCGUUUGCCGGAGCCGAGUCGUAUGAGCAACGUAGCACUCGCCACUUUGUCAAGCCGAAAGAAGCAAACAAAGUUGUCUACAGCUGUCGCUCUCAUCUCGGAGAGCUGACGCGAGCAAAGAGUACACAAGGCACGUCGUUUCCGAAAGAGUACUUUAGCAAGAACGUCAGAGGCAGAGAUGGCGGCGGCGCUGGAGUGCAAGCCUAUCUGUAUGUUCUGGACCCGACGGCUACACGUGCUCAGCGCAAACACCAGUGGCAGAUGUGGGAGAAGUGCUGGGCGAACAUUCCGAAGAACAAGCGCGAGGCCUCAGUGGCAAUCAUGAUAAGCAAGUGUGACGUGUUCAGCCAGAGUGAGGACGCUCCGGAGCUGAGUAAACGCUUGAACAUCGUGGAGUUCUUCUCCGGAGAGAAAAGCCCCGGCAAGUUUCGAGACGAUCCGUCUCGCAUUGGCUUCAGAUAUGGCAAAAUCUCUAUUCCAGCAUUCUUUGUCUCGUCUGCAGAGUGUUGCGGUGUUGACAUGCCUUUCAUUUACGUUGCACAUCAUGCUCUUUCACUGCGCGGCCAGCCAAUGGGUCCGAUCCCGUGGCUGAAUGCUGUGCAAAUGAGAGCCGAGCAGAAGCGAGCCACGCUGGCUGCGGGCGAUGCGUUCAUGGCACGGCACGUGAAGCGGCACACGCAGACGUGGACCUCCUCGUCGGCCAUCUUUUCCUACACCACCAUGGACAUGUGCAGAGUGGUGAAUGGCGUGGAGGAGUGCAAGGCGUUGUUCCGCGCACGCCUCAUUGCGCUGAUAACUGCACAUGCAAAGGAGCCAGUGGUGCUGAGGGAUCCUGACUCAGACGGUCACUAUUGCGCAGUCGAAACUACCGGGGAAAAGGAGAUUAAGAAAACAUUUCGCCAGCUGCUCACCGAGAUGAUUCAAGAACAUCCAGACUUUGAGGGGUUCUCGGGCAGGUCGAAAUCUGAGCGAGAAGAUGGGAAGGUUCUGUCUCGCAACAUUGGCAGGCUGCUGGAAGAAUCACGCAAGCACUCUGUUUACAGAGAACGGCGAUCGCCGAUGCCAGUACCAAGUGCGACGAUGGCAGAGGCAGCCAGUGAAGGGCUUCCUGUCCUGGCAAUUGAAGAGUUUUUUGGUUCUAUCCUCAACCGGCUCAGUCAAAGUGAUCUGUCUCAGCCAGAUAGCACUGAGGAGCUCCAACAGUCUGAUGAGCGCAUCAGAGAGGCAGCCUCGAUUCUCCAGUGCUCACCAGAUGUUGGCGAUGAACAUCCGACUUCGUGCAGUGGCUCAAGUGGUCCAGCGAAGGGUUUGGCUGCGGCCGGUCCGAGAAGCCACCUCUAUGUUGAUUACCCCGGAGAGGAAUCGGCUCAUAGUGCUCAGGAAUCUGAAGACUGGCAAGGUGGGAACAGUCCCGAUGCUUAUCCGUAUAAGGAAUACGUGCAUUCAGAGUCGUGGAUGGGUAAAAUGGACUGUACAGACAAGUUGUACUCUCCCCCACCGCUUCUCACGUCAUCAUCACAACCCCACACUACUGUCAGCGAUACAACGCGUCUAUUACAAACGCCAUCGGGAUAUUUAUUGCCGCUACCUGCCAAGUCACCUACUACUAGCACAAGCAUGUCAUCAUCCUGCCCAUCAUCAACCAUGUUCUUGGCCAGCACUCCUCCUGCUGCUCGCCAUGGCUCGAAUAGCUCAACAAUGCGGGAACUGGUGUGUCCACUUGCAGUUUCAAGUCCUUCCGCUCCUGGUCAAAUGCUGACACCAGACAAUACUGGGUUGCGGCUUCCAAAACACGAAAGCUGUGAUGUGAAGGACUCCACAGUGCCAGCAGACAGCGAGGAUGAUGAGGAUGAUGCUCUCGACUAUCACAAGAUUGAUGAGUACACAAGUGGAACUUUACCUCAUCCUGCCGGUCAUGAGGAGAGUUCUUUGUCAAAUCGCAAAACGCAGCACUGUGUGGUGAGUGGCUUGACUGACAACGACCCAUACCGGGAUGAACGUUAUGUUAUGCAGCCAUCUCCGUAUGCACAGUUCGCCAUUGGGAAGGCGGCCAGUGAUUGUGCAGCUAGUGUGAGUGGCGCAGUCGACAAUCCGGAUGGACGCCCAGUGCCAUUGCGUCCGUAUGCACAGGCCACGCUACCGCACGUCGCACGAGAAGAACGCGAGGAAGCGUACGUACUCAGUGGAAUCAGCAGAGAAGCACAGCCGCCGGACCAGCUUCCAGCGAACAACAAUGAGCGUGGGUGUUCGAUGCAACCGGAUGAGUUACUAGAUUUGGCAAAGUCGAACAGAAUCAUCCAUCGGAGAGAGAACAUGUCGUGCCGGGGUAACUCGCCAAAGGCUAUUGCUGAACCAGUUGAGUACAAUUUGGAUGAUGACGACCCGUACAAUGAAUAUGCAUACUCGUACUCUGAGUAUGCGCAGUCUGGUGAAAUACCAACAGGAACAAGAAACGCCAGCUUGGAGCAGUCACAGCCGACACCAUCAGUGCAACCUGCGGAUCACAAGAGUGGGAAACCCCCUAAUCUACUAGCAUUAGGCGAGCCCCGAUGCACAUCAACUGAUGUCCGUCGGGAAUCCGAGUGUGGUCGCGCACCGGAGUAUAAGAUCAUGAAAGGUGACAUGGGCCGUGCUGUUGGAGAUCCGUCAAGCUGUAGGUUAUGUAAGGAAGGUACAACGGAUAGUCUCGGCUCACAAUGGACGAGGUCUGGUGAGCAAAUAAUUGCCAGUGGGUUGGCAAAGGAUGCUCAAGAAAGUGCAGAGCUCAUGCAUUCAGACGCCAGGGACGAUGACGAGUGCAAGUGUCCAGCAAUAUCAGAUGUAUCAGCUGGUGUAGCAGAGUCGGGUGCCAUCAGCCCGCGGCAGAGGGAAAACACGUAUCGCAGCAACUCCUUGGAAGACGAUGUUGAAAGGCCAGUGGAGUACAAUUUUGAUGAUGAUGACCCAUACAAUGAGUACGUGUACUCUGGGGUGGUGCAGUUUGGCAGAAUGCCCGCAGGAGCAAGAACCAGCAGUCUGGACCGGUCAAAGCAGACGUCGCCAAGACAACCUCACGCUGGGACCGGGAGAUCUCCUAAUCCACUACCUAAGUCACUGAACAUGACACCCGCUGUCCGCCGGGAAUCCAAGAGUGAUCGCGAACCAGAGUAUAUGAUAAUGAAAGGUGACACGGGCUGUGCUGUUGGAGAUCCACCAAGCAGUAGUUUACGUAAGGAGGGUACAAAGGACAUUCUCGGCUCACAACGCACGAGCUCUGGUGACCAAAUAAUUGCCAGUGGGUCGGCAACGGAUGCUGAGGAAAGUGCAGAGCUCACGCCGCAGCAUUCAGAGAUUGAAUCCAUGACAGUGAACACUGAUUGGGGAGGUGGUGAUGCUGCUGCUGCUGCUUUUAACCGUGCCUGUGGUCUUCAUGCGUACCACGCUGUGCCAGCAGCGAUACAUAGCAAGUCACCUCCGUGUGCACAGCUGGUUGUGUCCAGUUCGAGCAGGCCUGCUUCUGAGCGCAAAUGUCACCUUGAGGACGUGCAAUUGGCCAGCGGAAAAACGAAAGAAACAUCUUUCGUUGAGCAACUUGCCAGGAACGAUGACGAGUGCAAGUGUCCAGCAAUAUCAGAUGUGUCAGCUGCUGUAGCAGAGUCGGGUGCCAUCACCCCGCGGCAGAGAGAAACCUCGUGUCGAAGCAACUCCUUGGAAGACAAUGUUACCAGGCCAGUGGAGUACAAUUUUGAUGAUGAUGACCCAUACAAUGAGUAUGUGUACUCCGGGGCAGUGCAGUUUGGCAGAAUGCCCACAGGAGCAAGAACCAGCAGUCUGGACCGGUCAGAGCAGACGUCGCCAAGACAACCUCAUGCUUGGGCCGGGAGGUAUCCUAAUCCACUACCCAAGUCACCGAACAUGACCCCUGAUGACCGCCGGGAAUCCGGGAGUGAUGAACCCGAGUACAUGACUAUGAAAAGUGUGAACGACUAUAUGUACGUUAGAGUUGGGACUCCGGAAAGGUUUCCUUUUCUCCACAGCUUGAGCGUGCCACAUGCCAGCUGUAGGCACGAACCAAUGCACCAAGGCGAUGAAGCAGAGAUUCAGGAGAAAGUCAAGCUCACAUCAGCAGCUGAAUAUGCAAUGAUUCCCUGCAGGUCUGAAAACACUGCCUGCGCUGCUGCUGCUUCUGAUGAUGACAAUGAUGAUGAUGGGUGUGGUGCUCGGCCGGGAGAGACUACAGAACGUCAUGGCUUCUUUGCGCACACACGUGUGACUUUGCCACGGUCAAGCUCUCCACCUAGGUUGCCACCAAGAUCUGAGCUCAGGAAUACUGUAGGUCACCAGCACCAACCCAGACUCACGGCGGCGGCAGGGCAAGCAGAUCAAGCCUACGCAUCACGCAAACGAUCUAAUGCAAUGUCGCACACUGCGCAUGACCAUAGAUCACAGCCCAGGCACAUGCUUGGUGCCUACAGAGGGAACUCAAUUCCCAGAAACUGGAAAAUCAAAGAGCCGAUUGUCAACGCACCCGCUCUGGACGGUGAGUGUCCAAAGUCCAAUCCUCCCUCGCUGCUGCUACUGCCUGCAUCGUGGAAGCUAGAGGAUAGUCGUCAACCCGGCAGUAUGUCAGCGAGAAGGCAUCUACCCGGCGGUUGUUACUGGACUCCGGUUCUUAAACGCAAACCACGCGUUUAAUGCAGUAUGUAGUAAGAUGUUGUGUUGAUGCGGGGAAAAAAGAUCAAAACAUAGCCUGGUAUGCGUCACUACCAAUCCUAAUGCCCGCCCUCAAGAUUUUGGCUUCUCUGACUCGGCUUCCGUGACAUCACAAAGAUGGAAGACUGUGAAUGGGAACGAGUAGUGUACUUUGAACCGACUUGAUCCAUUACUCUCAGCAUUAUAUGAAUGACGAUACCUCCACACACCCAUGGGGCAUGCAGUAUGACCCAUGCAGUAUGACCCAUGCAGUAUGACCCAUGCAGUAUGACCCAUGCAGUAUGACCCAUGCAGUAUGACCCAUGCAGUAUGACCCAUGCAGUAUGACCCACACCCAUGGCCAUGCAGUAUGACCCAUGCAGUAUGACCCAUGCAGUAUGACCCAUGCAGUAUGACCCAUGCAGUAUGACCCAUGCAGUAUGACCCAUGCAGUAUGACCCAUGCAGUAUGACCCAUGCAGUAUGACCCAUGCAGUAUGACCCAUGCAUUGCACAGUAAAACCCGCUGUGUUUGCCGGACCCUGUGUGACCAAGCUGAAUCCUGUAUUGACUGGACAAAUUGUCAUGAUUGUACCAAAGUGCUGUGGAUCAAACGUGCAUCCCUGGAUCAAGCGGAAUCCUGUCAUAUCAAGAUAGUUUCUGCUGCACCAACAACGUCCAGUUAGGGCACGUUUUACCGUAUUUUACGUAUCCAACUCAAGGAACUCGAUGAUUUGCCAUUGCCGCAAAACAGUGCAACUCAUCUUUGACCUGAUAACUGCUAUAACGAUGUGCCCAUGUUUCUGUAACCGUCAUUGUUUAGAUGUGGCCAGCAGCCUGUACUCAUGUACAAGUACACUGCACUGGCAGUGAAUGAUGGUACACGUACAUUGAUCAGUUGGAUACUGAGCUUGACUUGUGUAUGACUGUA